GUCCAAGUCUUAAAAUUGGUCAAAAAAGAACGCGAAUGUGCACUUUACUUCGACACAUACUUGGCCUCAGACUUCCCCAUUUAAGCUAGUACCGGCCUCGGCGCGGCGCAUAUGGAAUGGCGGCCCGCGCCUCACCGGGCGACGAGCAACGGCGGCUCCUGGGCCUACUCGCCCUUGGCCUCGGUCUCCUGCUCCUCGCCAUCGGUCCAGCGAGCGCGGGCCUCUGCCCAGUACGUUGCCGCUGCGACGAUGAGUCGCUGCGCUCGAGCUGCGCCUACGGCGGUCUCGACGUCGUCCCCAUUCAGCUGAACCCAGAGAUCCGUCACCUGGACCUCUCGGGCAAUCGUAUCGCCGGCCUUCACAUGGCCUUCGACUUUUACGGGAGUCUCGAGAGCCUCGACCUUGGCUCCAAUCUCAUCCAUACCCUGGGCUCGAACAACUUCCGGCUGCAGCAGCGGCUGCUCAGCCUCAAUCUCAGUGGGAACGCGAUUCGCGCCCUUGCCAAGACGGCGCUACACGGGCUCGCGGCUCUGCGCACCCUCGACCUAUCCUCGAACAACAUAACCGAGGUCGACGAGCAGGCCUUCCGUUACACGAGCGAGCUCGAGUGGCUCGACCUCGGCGGCAACGGCAUCACCAGUCUGCCCGCGGGUCUGCUCCGCAAUCUCCAUCGCAUUCGCAGCCUCGUCCUCAAGGGCAACUCCCUGCUAGAGGCCCCGGCAUCUAAUCUCGCCCUAGCCCCGAGCCUCGAGCGACUCGACCUCUCGGACAAUCUCGUGCAGGAGCUCGGUAGGGACUCGCUGCCAUCGCUACCGGCCCUCGCCCGACUCGACCUCGCCAACAACGUGCUGCGUAGCAUCGCCGACGAGGCCUUCGAGCGGACGCCCGGGCUCCAAGGACUCGAUCUUUCCGGCAACAAUCUGACGUCGGUGCCGAGCAAGGCCUUGGCGAGGCUCGCUGUACUGGGUGCCCUCGCCCUCAGCAAGAAUCCCCUUGGGGAGCUGCGCGAACUCGCCUUCCGCAACCUCUUCGAGCUGCGCACCCUCGAGCUCAACGAGUGCGCGAUCGGACGUGUCGCCGGCCGCGCCUUCGCCGACAACGUCAACCUCGAGAGGAUUUCGAUGGAGGGCAACCGAGAUCUUACCGAGCUGCCGGCCAGGCUCCUUUACGCCGCUGGCAGCCUAAGGUGGGUUUCAUUACGACGAUGCAACCUGGCCAGCCUUCAGCCCACGCAUUUCCCCGUGGACGGUCUGACGUCGUUGCGCGUAGGUGGCAAUCCCCUCGUCUGUAACUGCUCGGUCCAUUGGCUGUGGAACGUUCUGCGUGCGGAGGAGCGGAGAAAUGGCUCGCGACUCGAGCUCGACAGCCAGGAGAUCGUCUGCGCGGACGAGGAGUUCGCGGGCAAAAUACUCAUGAGCCUACCCGAGGGCUCGUUGCGCUGUCGGCUCAGUCCGCUCUAUCUCUCCCUUUCGGCCUUGGGCUGCCUCGCCGCUACCGCGGCUAUCCUCGGUCUCGUGGCCCACGUCACGAGGUCCAAGCGAAGGAAGCGAGUACCGGCCUACGCGGCUCCUACCAGGCCCGAGCUCCUCGUCUACGUGGGUCGAGCCGGUGAUGAACUACCCGGCAAGCAUCAGGAGUCCUACAGCCGUAGGCUCAUCGCCAGAACCGAAGAUCUCGUCUACGAAGCGGCCAAUCAAGAGUACCAGCAGUCACGGCGGAAGUCCGGUAGCGAGUCACCGGAAUCACGGGAGACGAACGUGUACGAGACACCGCGUUACUCACGCCCAGGACGACGCGAGGCCGAGCAAGCCUUUGGGACGUUUUACCAACAGCAAAGGCCCCCCUCGCCCACGGGCCUUUCCAAUCAGCAGCAGCUGGGUUACCCGAUGACCCCGGAGACGCGCCCCAAGCCUCAGGAGGGUGUCUACGCAGUCGCGGACGUCACAAAUCUGAGGCACGAGCAACCGGCCUCGGAGCUGCUCUCGCUCUAUCGAAUGCGCAACACCGGUCAUCAUCAUCAUCAUCAUCAUCAGCGGGUCGAGGAUCCCACGGGCCGUGACUACGGCUACGACUACGAAUACGAUUAUGAUGCGCCGCUGCCCCCGCAGAAGCCGCACGUCGUCUUCGUCUAAAGGAGGCGAGCCCGGGACGCUACGCUUUGCCGUGCGCGCUACGUUUCCUCUUUCCAUCCGUGGCUCGCUUCCUUUGUUUUUAAGCGCGGCUCUUCUCCUCGACGAUGUCGGCACUCCUUUGACUUUGUCCACGUGCCCAUCGACGAAGCAGCUCAGCCGCGCCAGCUCUUUAUUGCUUUUGUUGAUCCUGUAUAAGUGGAUGUAUGAGUUGAGCGUUCGAUUAUUACGGUCCUGGAAUGCAUUGUGGGAUACCACUGGAACUCAUCUUGAUUUUCGUUUCGUUGGCUUUUCGUCCCUUGGAUUCGUUCGUUACGCGGCCCCAGCCAGCCUAACUAC